AUGAAGCAUCAAGGCACCACCGAUCUCAUAACAGAACAGGAGAAUUUUGGCUUCACUCCGAGAGUAACGCACGGAAGCGCGCAUGACUGGGGUGAUGCAGAAAGCAGCAGUGAAUUGAGGCUAGUGUUGGAAUGCCCAGAACCAGCAUGUGCCUGGAUAUCAAAUCUGUCGAAGAAAUAGAGCUGCACAGAUCUGUUGGACAACAUACAGAGAUUGGGUACGACAAACUAAAACGAGGCUGGGUUGAAAAAUUCUUAUCCCUUACCCUUUCAGAAGACGACAGUACCAGUGUUAUCAAGAGACAGGGUAACGAACCUUCCCAGGCGAGUUUAAGUGAAGGAUGGGCACUUCACAAGCCAAAAGGUGGCGCUGUUCGCUUUUCAGAGAAAGUAAGGCAGUACCUCACCUUCAAGUUUGAAAUUGGUGAACAAUCUGAAAGGAAAGAGGAUCCAGGACAAGUCUCGCAAGAUAUGAGGAAAGCGAAGGGGGAAAAAGGGGAACGCCUAUUUUCCCGGGAAGAGUGGCUAACUAAAGCCCAAAUAUAA